AUGGCUGACGGAUCGCGACCCCCUCCUCGACAACCGCGUGAUUUUCAAGACCUCCUGCGACUAUGUAUGGAAACCGUACCGCAAGACCCGUCAUCGGUUGCCAACGACCAGGAGUUGCAUCCAUUGGAUCCGCAACGAAGACAGUGGCUGUCGGAGGCGCUCAGCUCCAUGACCACCGAUGUCUUGCGAGAGAUGCUAACAAAUCUGGAUGUCAUUAAGAAUGGCUUGAAUGAGACCACCGCUGACGGCCUGCUGUCGAUGGAAACGGUCGACAAAAUACAGACAGCGAUCGACGCUCUCAUCGAUCGCACCGGUAGUCUGGACUCGGCUCAAGACUUCUGCAAAAUCGGUGGCUUCGAUGUCUUUCCCGGACUACUGGCGUCGACAUCGGAUGAGCUGAGAGUUAGUGCGUGUGAUCUUCGUCGCACCGGUAGUCUGGACUCGGCUCAAGACUUCUGCAAAAUCGGUGGCUUCGAUGUCUUUCCCGGACUACUGGCGUCGACAUCGGAUGAGCUGAGGGUUAGUGCGUGUGAACUGUUGGCCGAAGUCGUCCAAAACGAGUCCAGUUGUCAACAACAGGCGCUGGACAGCCAUUUGUUGGACCUAUUGGUGCGACUUCUGGACGACAAGACAGUCGCCGAUAAGGUUCGCGUCAAAUCUCUUUACGCCAUCUCUUGUGUCAUCCGAGACAACGAUCGCGCGCUUCAGGUGUUUAGCAAAGAUCUGGACGGACUGUCGGUCCUCAUCAACGCUGUGGCCACCAGUGCUACCAGUGCUCACACCGACAACCGGCUCAAGAUUAAGGCCUCAUUCCUCAUGAGCUCGUUGUGUCAGAAGCCAGACAUAUGUCAAUCGAUGUACGAUUUGGGUCUUCUGGAUCAAUUGAUUAGUGGUCUUCAGGGGCCCCACGACUCGACUCAUGAGUACGUGUUGGCCACUCUGUACGCACUCGUCUCAGCGCACCCGCAGUCGAGGGCCGACUGUCGGCACAUCGACCGACAGAUGAAGCACUUCCUCACUAAACGAAUCAAUGAAUUGAACGGUACGGAAGAGCUCGUCGAAGAACUCGAUUACUGUAAACGACUCUUUGAGAUACUGUUCGUUGACAACGACUUACCAGAGAGUGAACGUUGA